CCUCUGCCUGAAAGGAAAAAAAAUAUAAACAAAUAGUGGGUUGGGGGGCGACUCGGGAUUGUUUUAUUUUCCUUAUUUUGACGCGCGCGCGCGCAAAACCAGAGAAACUUUGUAACCCCCGGAUUUGUCAUCUCCCAGUCCCAAAUAUGCCACUUCAAAGCGAUACAACAGGAGGGUUUUUUGUGGGUUUUUGUGUUUUUUUUUUUUUUGAAGUUAAACACCGAGAAAGCUUUGAUGUGGAUCAAAUCCCAGCCGCUUUAGCUCGAGAGAUCUCCUGGAUCCGGAAGGCGGAAAGCACUUUCAUCGGCGGGUGAGGGUGCAAAAAAAAAAAAGAAAAGAAAAAGAAAAAAAAAGAAAAAGAAAAAGAAAAAGAAAAAAAAGAAAGAAAGAAAAAAGAAAAAGAAAAAAGGCCGAUGAAACUGACAAGCGCCGUGUAUGCGUGGGGGAGAGAAUGUGCUUAAAUAGGGGAGUUGGAGGCGCCGGAAACAAAGCAGGGAAUCAGGCUGUUUAAGCUCAGCGCACCCUCCAGUGUCCCCUCAAUUUCUGAUCCCCGUCCCCGCUGCAGCCCUUAUCUGGAGUUUGUCUUAUCCGCUAGUUUCGUUUUUCUCUGUAGUUUUGUUCCCCCCCCCCCCCUCCCCGCCCCCCAGCGCCCCGGCACUCCCCCCUCCCCCUCUCCUCUGCCCGAGUGACAGAAGCACGGACCUCCUCGCCCGGGCUCCGUCUCCGCGCGCUGGCGAAUCAGAGAGUGUUGGAAUCUAUUGCCUUUGUCUGACAAGUCAUCCAUCUCCCGGCAAAGGGGGAGGGCGAGGAGGGGUGGGGGUGGGGGGUGGGGGGGGAGAGAUCUGGAGGGGGCUUUGCAGCUUUUAGAGAGACACACGCGGGGAGAGGAGGCUCCAUUCUCCAGCCAAAGCUCCUCGCAAACACAUCCCACCUUGCCAGAAAGUCUGCCAGGAGCGGGACCCUCUGCCUGGGGAGCAGAAGGAGGCGAGGGGACGCAGGGAGGGGGCUGCCGGUGCUCAGAGAUCCCGGGGAUUUCUACUCCACUUUGAACUUAAAUGAACUAGCCCCAGACUUGGCGGAGGAAGAGGAAGGAAGCCGCAUCAUCCUCUGCCGCUGCUGCUUCACCACCACCAUCAUCAUCCUCACCUUGCUUCAGACGCGCCCAAGCCUCCAGCCCCUUGCUGACCCGGCUGCCAGGGAUGAUCUGACCCGAGCGCUCCAGCCAUGACAUCCACCUGCCCCCCGGCCGCUGCCUCUCGCUGCCCGCUGGGACCCUGCUGACCAGAACCAUCGGGCUCCGCUUGCUCUGCCCCAGCUCCAGCCAGCUCCCCGUCCACGGCCCCCGGAAAGUUCUCCGCUCCCCGGGCAGGGCCGAGCGCCCGCCCCCCGCCUCCCCUCGCCCUGCUGGCUGCUUUUUUGUUUUCUCCCCUAAGUCUUGAAGUUGAGUUUUAGAGGCGACACGGCGGCUUCAGCCGACUUCUUCCCCUUCCUUUGCCUCCCCAUGGAUAUGCACUGCAAGGCAGACCCCUUCUCAGCAAUGCACCGGCAUGGGGGAGUGAACCAGCUCGGGGGGGUGUUUGUGAACGGCAGGCCCCUACCUGACGUGGUGAGACAAAGGAUAGUCGAGCUGGCUCACCAGGGAGUGCGACCCUGUGACAUCUCCAGGCAGCUGCGGGUCAGCCACGGUUGUGUCAGCAAGAUCUUGGGCAGGUAUUACGAGACGGGCAGCAUCAAGCCCGGCGUGAUCGGCGGCUCCAAGCCCAAAGUGGCGACCCCCAAAGUAGUGGAUAAAAUCGCCGAGUACAAGAGACAAAACCCGACCAUGUUCGCCUGGGAGAUCCGGGACCGGCUCCUGGCCGAGGGCAUCUGCGACAACGACACGGUGCCCAGCGUCUCCUCCAUCAACAGGAUUAUCAGAACCAAAGUUCAGCAGCCUUUCCACCCGACACCAGAUGGGACUGGGACUGGAGUGACUGCACCUGGACACACGAUCGUUCCCAAUACAGCAUCCCCUCCCGUCUCCAGUGCCUCCAAUGAUCCAGUGGGUUCUUACUCCAUUAACGGGAUCCUGGGCAUUCCUCGGUCGAAUGGCGAGAAGAGGAAACGUGAUGAAGAUGUGUCUGAGGGCUCGGUUCCCAAUGGAGACUCCCAGAGCAGCGUGGACAGUUUGCGGAAGCACCUUCGUGCCGACACUUUCACCCAGCAACAGCUGGAAGCUUUAGAUCGAGUCUUUGAACGUCCUUCUUACCCUGAUGUCUUUCAAACAUCGGAGCACAUCAAAUCUGAGCAGGGUAAUGAGUACUCCCUCCCAGCUCUGACCCCUGGUCUUGAUGAAGUCAAGUCAAGUCUAUCUGCCUCUGCUAACGCAGACCUGGGGACCAACGUCUCAGGACCCCAGACGUACCCCGUGGUGACUGGUCGUGACAUGGCGAGCACCACCUUGCCCGGUUACCCACCCCAUGUCCCACCGACUGGACAGGGCAGCUACCCAACCUCAACUCUCGCAGGAAUGGUACCUGGGAGCGAGUUCUCGGGGAACCCUUACAGUCACCCUCAGUACACGACCUACAACGAGGCCUGGCGAUUCAGCAACCCAGCGUUACUAAGUUCCCCUUAUUAUUAUAGUGCCACAUCCCGAGGCGCUGCACCUCCCACUGCUGCCGCUGCCUAUGACCGCCACUAGUUACCAUGGAAACCACAUGAAACUGCAGGGCGACAGCUUAGGCCUUCAUAUUGUACCUGUCUGAUCAACUUUCUCCAUCCCUGGGAAGAGUGAAGAGAACUUCUCCGUCCCCCUCCACGCCCAGCUAUCCCUUCCCUUCCCCGCAGAACGUGUUGGAUUGAAGCGCUCACGACAUCAGACUGAGAAAUACGCGUCCCCUGCACUCUGUCCCUCGCCCCAACCUAACUACUUCCAUGGGCAGCCGGAAAGGCCUGUGGCCAGCUCACCUGCUGCUGCAGUCCGUCAAACAAUCCCAGGCACAGUUCAGCCAUGCAAGGCCUCCCUGACUUUGAAGACUGAGGGGAAUUCCAGCAAUGCAACCUGCCACCCUCGUUUAUACAGGACCCUGUUCUCCAGGGAGUGGUAGAGGCAGGGUGAAGCGGGGAGGAAGCCACCUGCAACAAAGUGUUCCCUCGAGAAACUUUCUUCCAUGGUAGAAGCUUCAAAAUGCUAACCGACAAGCCUGUUUCAGAGGCCUGAGGGAAUGGUCUGGCUAGCAUGGGGAUGGCAGCACAGAGAGGCAACCCAUCUGGCAGUGAAGGAAAGGCCCAAGUGCAACACUCUCCAUUCCCCCCCCACCCCCCGGGUCUCUCUGUGUGCUCCAUCCCCACUCUUCCCUUCAUGCCUUGGCUUCCUUCAAGGUUCCGUUUGAAGGACACACCCGGCAUGCUGUGACCUCACAGGGCAGAGUUGGGUUGAAACACACACAAACACGAUUUCUGUGACACACAAUCAGCUCAGACAGGAGGAUGGAGCGACAUCAACCAACCGACCGAUGAAAUGAAGAAAUAUAUAAAUAGAUAUAUAAAUAUAACUGUGUUUUUAUGCUUUGUCAUGAAGGUCUGUAAAAAGGAAAAAAAUGAACAAAUCCCCAAUUUUCUAGAAAAAAAAAAAUCAACAAAAAAAAACAAAAUAAAAAAAACCCUGCAAAAAUAAACCCAAAUCCCCUCGCCCGAAUGGCACACAAGUUCCUCUGAUGUUUGAUGCUCCCCAUUCACUCUUGGGUUUCAUUUCCUUUCUGUUUUGCACUAGAAUGUGAUGGUGGAGAGGAUUGGAAGCCAGCUCUGCCCCAUCACCUCCUCUUUUCCUAAUCUCAAUCCCAUUCUCGGGGGAGCAGUGUGGACAAUUCACAUCUGGCAAAAAAUAAAAUUACCAAACAAAACAGCCAACUAAACGCACCCCAUGGGAAGUCAGCAUUUUCUGUGUCCAUUGUCAUCAAACAAAGAAAACAAACCCAGUCUCUUGCUCUAACUGCGCUUGUGGUAGAAAGGAACGUGUGGGGUUUCAUGCAGGUCCAUUAGAUCUCCCGUCAGCCAGCAGUUCUGAGACAGACAAAUUCAGAAUUGGCUGGGAUUGUUGCUUGGUUCCCUACCACUUGGUUCCCAUGUGCUUAACCUUGCACCUACUCCCUUCACCCAUACCUGCCUCAGUCAGCCUUAACUCCCACACCUUAAUACUUGUGCCCUACACUGGUCCCCGAAUACCUACACCUUAAUCUCUACAGCCCCAUUACAUGUUCUACUCUCAAUUCCCAAGCCCCUACAGCCUUGCUAUCUAUGCCCUAUCCCACUCCCACAGUCCCUUUACCCUAAUCCCUACACUUAGUUAUCUGUGUUGUGCACCCUAACAUCUAUCCCCUAUACCCUCAUCCUUGCACCCUCAAUCCUAUAUUUCACACCGUAAUAUUCACUCCCUGAUUCCUGAAUGCUCUUGUAAUGAUUCUGUAGUGAUUCUCUGCUCUCUUUGGUUCCCCAGUGAUUCUCAAGCACUGUUUUUUGAAAGGCUGAUUGUCAGCGGAAAUGCUUAUUACUCCUGUAUUGCUGACAACUUCAGCUGCUCCUGUUCUUUGGACUGACACUCCCAAAAAGCUAGUCAAAGAAAACAUGAAGGCUAGAGCCGGUUUCAUGGGCAGCAAGAGGUAGAUUCUCAUUGCUGGUUUAGAGAGGAUUGGGAUAAGAUGAGUGCGCCAGUGUCCAUGAAUAAAAGCAGGAUAGAGUCAACCCAUUGAGGGUGGAAAUGUGAACCAUGGAGCAAUUUCUGAAACUAGCAUUUGUAUAAAGCCCAGGGUUCCCAGCCCCUGAAUGAAAUGUGCGCAUGCACUCAGCUUUGUCUCCAGGGUUAGCCUGAAGGCAAGAAAAGUCCAUCAUCAGCAACUGGCUGUAAUGGUCCCAAAGACCCCACUCACCCAGAGCUCUUCUCAGCACUUGCACAUCUCAGGCUGACUAUAUGGAUGCGUUUUCUGCAAUGGGAUGGCCCAGAAUGCUAAGAGGGAGUGUUUUUGUUUACGCAGAAGAUAAGGGCCUAAAAUCUGUUCUGGUAAAUCUUGAGUAACUCCAGUGAAGUCAACAGAGUUACUCCACUCCCACUAAGUCAAUGGCGUUGCUCCAGAUUCAUUAUUGUGAACCCACCAAAGUCAAUCGUUAUUGGAAUUUAUCCAGAUUUAUGUCAAUGUGACUGGGUCGAGAAUUUUGCCUAUUGUCUCAGUCUAUCUCAAACGAAAAAAGAGACAAUGGUUAAUCAUUUUAAAAAACUCACCCUCAUCAUCCCCUCGGUUUGUCCCCCACAUACUAGAUAAAUGCUGGAUCAUAAGCUGUGAUGUCCCCAUUUGAUUCUCUCAAUAGUACCUUUGUUCUCCUUGUCCAAAAUCCAGCUUCACUCAGCAUGCGGUCAAGGCCAGAGGUAUCUAAUGCCAACCAUGACAACUAGAAUAACCCAAGGGGCUAGAAAACAUGAGACUGACACACCUCACACUGGACAACCUGCAGUUCAGGAAGACUGUUCCAAAGCAGCUAGCUGCUGAGAAAAGUCCACUCUUAUGAUGGCAUAUCACAGAGAGACAAGAUAGGCUGAGAAGGCAGGAUUUGGUUGGCUCAGUCAUGGCUGGCUUAAUUUGAUGCUCAGAGGGCCAAAUUCAUAGUUGGUUUAACUCCACUGAUGCAAGGGGAUUUCCCCCACUCAUUGAUUUGGCCUGGAAAGUUUAGAAGAACAGCAAGUGGGUUUGAUCAGGAAAACAGAAGGACAAAGUAAUAUGCAGAGGACCAGGCAGUCUUAUCCUCUUCCAUCACCUCCCCCCGUAAAGCCCCAUGCGAAUGUACUGAAUUACAUUUGCCAAAGAGUUUCUUGUGUUGGUUGUUUUGAGUUACAGUCGAUGGAUGCAUUGUAAAGCAGUAUUAUAGCUAAAGUCUAGUAGCUGACACGGGGAUUUAUGUGGUGAUAUUAUGCAGAAGAAAACCAUCAAUAUUCAUAUAGAUUCCAUUAGAUUGGACUAUGCAGGAAACACAGAAAUUCUACCAAUUAUUUAAUAUUAUGUUAUUUGCAAAAACAAUUGCUGCUUUGUAGGAAGAUAAUGUGUGUAAUGUGAAGGCAAUUCCUCUUGUAUAUAAGUUCAUCUCCAUCUUCAUCAUGGUAGUUAUUAAAACAGCCUCGUCUCAUCCUGUACAUAAGGAACGCGCUGUCUGUACUGUGCAAGUCUUGUUGUGCUCACUGAAAACAAAACUAUCUGUUCAAUAAAGCACAGCACAAACCCAGAACCUGAGGGAACAGCCAAAUUGUGGAAGGGCUCCUUCCCCAGGAGCCUGGGAGUUGGUUUAUUUUA